CGGGGGGAAAGUGUUGAGAGAUCUACAAAGUGGAAUUUUUUUCCUCCUUUUUUUUUUUUUUCAUUUUCUUUUUUUUUAAAGAAAAAACUUUUCUUCUGCAGCCUUUGCAAAAAAAAAAAAAUCCAAACUUUUGCAGAAAACUUUUCUUGACAGAGCUGGAAGAGGAGGGGGAAGCAAAGAGACCCAAUCAAAACACAAAAAUGUGCUUUCAACCAACCUCUCCAGCCGCCUAGCGCUACCUGCUCUGCAGUAUUUCAUUAUUAUUUGCUGCGCUCCUGCCAGGAGCCCAUUCCGCAGAAUAACUUUGCUCCCCACUUGCCCUCCUCGCCAAGCUUUGGAAAACUGUUGGGGGGCCGGCGGCGGAGGGAGGGUUUGGGUAGCAGUCACCCCCCAGCUCUUUGCUGGUUUAUGAUUCCCCCCACCACCACCAACCUGUUGCAGCAGCUCUCAGCCUUGCAACCAGGCUGUGCAAUCUGGUUAUUUUGCGGCCAAAAAAAUAAUUAUUCCUGGGACUUUUUUGGUGCUUUGUUUUUUUGGAGUUUAGAGGGGGAUUUUUCCCCACCCCUCCCUUAAAACACCAACUUCGCCUCCUCGCUCCUGCCCGCGCCUGGAAGAUGCUCCUGACCCUCUGCCUGCUGCUGGGCAUAUGCCUGGGCUGCUCCCAGGGCCUGGGCUCCUUCGUGCACUGCGAGCCGUGCGACGAGAAAGCCCUGUCCAUGUGCCCGCCCAGCCCGGCGGGCUGCGAGCUGGUGAAGGAGCCGGGCUGCGGCUGCUGCAUGACCUGCGCCCUGGCCGAGGGGCAGUCCUGCGGCGUGUACACCGAGCGCUGCGCCCAGGGGCUGCGCUGCCUGCCCCGCCAGGGCGAGGAGAAGCCCCUGCACGCGCUGCUGCACGGCCGGGGGCUCUGCCGCAACGAGAAGAGCUACCGGGAGCAAGCCAAGCUGGAGCGGGAAUCCCGCGAGCACGAGGAGCCGACCACCUCGGAGAUGGCGGAGGAGGCCUUCUCGCCCAAGGUGUACCGCAAGCACGGGCGCCUCUCCGAGCUCAAGGCCGAGGCCCUGAAGAAGGAUCGCAGGAAGAAGCUGACCUUGUCCAAGUUCGUCGGCGGGGCGGAGAACACGGCGCAUCCCCGGGUCGCCGUCCCUGAGUUGAGGCAAGAGUUCGAGCUGGGCCCUUGCCGCAGGCAGAUGGAGGCCUCGCUGCAGGAAAUCAAAACCAGUGAACGAAUGAUCCCACGAGCCGUUCACCUUCCCAACUGCGACCGGAAGGGAUUCUACAAGAGGAAACAGUGCAAGCCGUCCCGGGGGCGGAAGCGCGGGCUGUGCUGGUGUGUGGACAAGUAUGGACUGAAACUGCCGGGGACCAAUUACGUGGCGGGCGACCUGCAGUGUCACAGCUUCGACAGCGGUGUCACCGAGUGAAGGGCCUGCGCCAUCCCCCUGCCCCCUGCCCCCACGCCUCCCCACGCCCCGGGACUCCGAACCCUUUCAUCUCAUUUCGAAAAACGAAAGAAAUUGAGGACCUCGGAAUCUGCAGCCCGUCCUCGCCAGCUCGGCGGCGGCGGCUAACGGAGAAGAGGAAAGCAGAAGUCAAACCGGCACCGCCUUCCCAGUACAGACCCCCCCAAAACUGCUCUCGACUCCCCAUGCAGGGACGCAGCCAACGUAGGCAUCGACUUGGGGGCUUUUCUAUUGUGGGUUUGGUUUGGUUUGUUGAUAUGGGGGAGGGUGUCUUUUUUUGUUUGUUUUGGUUUUUAGACUAGCCAGCAACUUUCUAAACGGUCUCCAGCAAAACCAGACAAAGCCCCACGUUGAGGCACACGUCCGUCGCUCAGCCCUUGUGUUUGAGUGGCUUGUUUGGCACUGCCAGAGUGAAUAUUGACCCUCCACUGGCGCUAAAAGUCCUUUGAUGUCUCUAUAGAGAGAGAUGCACAGCUUUCUGGGCAGUCGGGGUCUAGAACAUUGUUGGAAACGGGUUUGCGUUUCUUUAGUCAGGGGAUAACAGCUCCUGCCAGCAAAAAAUAGUGGUGGCUCCUUUUAAAAAAAAAAAAACAGCCCAAAGAUAACCAAUCACCUUUGAUCUGACCUAGUCUGGCCAUUCUUACGUCUUGUAGACGUGAACGGGCCCCCCACCCACACAGUGUAACUUUACUCACAGGUGCAGUCCCAGAGACAGCUGUGCUUAAAUGGCUGUGGGAUCAGGCUCAAAAAUCUUUACCACCCUCUGUCAGGAUGGGAAAAACAAAUGAUAUUGUCCCUGCCCAUCAAAAGAAUCGUUUGCCCAAAUGCAAACCUCUCUCUUCUUCUAUUGCAAUGGUAAGAUUCAAAUGUCAAGUCUCUCCCCCUGCAAGGAGCUCCAUAGACGCCUUGGCCCCGGCAGAGGUUAUUGUGGGAUCAGUGCCGUAACUUGGCCAGGACUGUUUGGCCAGCUCGUCAGCUGUUGUGACUCACACCACGGAAGCCACUGAUCUGACCAACUCAAGCGGCAUCUUCAGGCGUGGCCAGAUCACUGCAGCUUUUGGACUUGUGUAUUAUUUAACUCUUGGGACCGUUUUCUUUCCCCCCUACUUUCACCACGACAAGGGUCUUUGUUAAGGUCACUCCCAACGAGACUCCGCAGCAAAGAGGACGAGGCAUUUGGCUGACUCCCUGCUUUGGCGAACUACCGGUGCUCAAGCUGUCACUAUCCAUUGCUAUGUCGCUGAGGGUGCGGAUGCGCCCACCGAAAGAGCUAGGCCCCACCCCAUCCUGGCAGAGGCUACGACUGGCUCAGGCAGCGUGCUAAUUAGAGAUAUGAAGAGUGCGACGGUUUCUUCCCUGUGCCAGCUGGGACGGGCCCUGCUGCGGGCUGAUCCGCGGGAAAGCCAGCGUGACACCCACAACACACUAGCGCAGAUCAAAGGGAACCAAGGAAUCUCCCCGAGCUAGACUGGCUACUGCGUGACCAGGAGUUGUGGGGUUUCUUCCUCGACCUUCCCAGAGGAGCAUGAGCCUGGCAUUGCGGGGCUGGGCAGUGCCUCCCUCCCCCACCAGGCUUUGGGCAGUGGUGGGGGGAGUGGUUGCCCUGCUGGUUUUGCUGAGCGGAGCAGAGGGUUUUGCCCCGUGGGAGACUGGCAGGGAGUCUGUGUGUGCCAGCGUGCCCUGUCCGUGCCUGAGGCCGUGCUCCCAACACCAGAGCAUGCCGUGCUCACGGAGCCUGAUUCUCAGUUCCCCAGGCACGUGCUCAGGGCAACGGGCGCCUUGUAUUCCAGGGCUGGGCAGCCCCCAGGGUCAGGUAGGGCAGCCUCAGGACUGCUCUGGCUUACACUCUGGCCCCAGUGCAGUGUGCUCUGGCCACGCUUCCUCCCGCGGCCAGCUGGAGACGCAGCACCUGGCAUUGUGCAGAGGGGCCACAGUGUGACCAGGAACCAGGCCCAGGUGAGGGAAGCAGAGACUUAGACUGAGAAACUGGCAGUGAUUUGAGAGCAGAAAGCACCCCAAACACCUUUCUCCUAUCACCAGGUGGCACCAUUUCCCAGGGCAAGGCUGGCUGCGCAGGUCCACGGGUCUCCGUCCUGUGGGCCUUGCCAUAUGAGAUGUGUCCCCUCUCUGCCCACCCACAGCCUGGUUCUCAGAAUGGUCCAUGGACUCCCCCGCCCCCACACCCCACACCCCCUAGCUCUAGUGCAGGGAGAUGCAGAAAGCUCACGACACUUUUCCCUCGCCCUGCCCGCGUCUACCAGGCUGCCAGCCAGAUGCGUGCGGGGGACGCAGGGCCGCCCCAGGGUACUCAAUAGAGUUACAGGAGGCAGGGAUUUAUUCCACGCAUGGCCACGGAUAGCACAGCCAUUGGGACCC